AGAUUGACAUAUCUAUCAGUCAUUACUGAACCGCUCAUGUUCGUGAUUGUAACAUCUGGUAAUAUUUAACUGCUGCUGAUUUAUCGACAACAGGUCGUUACCAGGGCGGUUGACAUUUUCUUCAUUUUCGCAAAAUCAGCCAUAUCUGUCAUGUCGCAUCGGAUGGCAAUGCAAUCGAGAGUUUCGAUGAAAGGUUGCAUGGCAUCCUUAAUAACCCUUGCCGUUCUCCAUACCUUCACAAAUCUCGGCCUGUGGGCCAUGCUUGCAGAUAGAAGGAUACGCAAACGCUUUACUAGUUUUCACGCCAAUAUCAUUGUUAGAAAGAAACCAGCGAGAGCUUCAACUCUAUAUCCGGCGAAUUACGACACUGGGUUCCUUCUCCAUGAUAAGGACUCUUGUUCUGAAGUGAGGGACAUCUCGCUGCUGUAUGUGGUGAACAGUGCACCUGGUCACUUUAAACAGAGACAGAUACUCAGAACGACAUUCGCGGACGGACUUUUCUUCUUGCCACAGGUCGUGAAGACAAUAUUUUUGAUAGGACGUUCAUCCAACACAAGCAUAGGCAAUGAGAUAAUAUCGGAGUUCGCUGAGCACAAAGACAUCGUUCAAGGUGAUUUCGUAGACAGCUACCGUAAUUUAACACUGAAACUUACAAUGGCGUUCAAAUGGAUGUCAAUGUACUGCCGGAAUGUGAAACUGGUGGGUAAAAUUGACGAUGAUACGUUUGUUAAUACGUACAAGCUCCUGGAUAUGGAACGAGACCUAAAGGGACGGGGUCGGGUCCACUGUGACAUCGCAACCGGGUCUGUGGGGAAGAUUCAGCGAGGUCAUUCAAAGUGGGCUGUCCAUGUUGACGUGUUUAAAUUCUAUCGUUAUUUCCCCUGGACGUACUGUGGAGGAUACGCUGUUUUCGUCCCCGGGUCUCUUGUCCCCAAUUUCUAUAAAGCGUCUCUCAUAUCCCCCUUUCUUUGGAUUGAUGACGUGUACUUGACUGGAAUCGUCGCAUCACGGCUGAACAUUGUUGACCACCACCAGGGGGCGUUCAUGAGAAGAGAUUUUAAAAUGCAACCAAAGAAGGGACUGGAAUGUUUUCGAAAACCUGACUGCCCUGUAUUAGCAACGACUGUUGCUAGUGAAUAUAUUCCUGAGUUUUGGAGACUUGUACAGGAAGCAUGGAAGGUGAAAUAAAAUCCUCACAUUUUGUGAUUAGUUUAGUGAAAGUUUGCAUCAGUAAGGAACAACUUCAUACUGCCGUGACUGCAUUUUGGGUUCUCCUUCCGAGAGUAACUCGGGUUUGGGAUCCAAAGGGACCACGCGACCUAUUGCGGCUCCGUGGCUCCGGGAGAGUCUAGACAUUACUGUGCUAUAUUCAUGUACGAGUGUGGGACCGCUGUUCCUAACUAUCAACUCAUGUACUGUCGCCCAUUCAAUCAAUGAGAAGAUCAACACAUAUUCUAUACACAUAAAGCAUUUCCUGUGCCUCAAUCUCUUUCUUCAAUGUAAAGUGACUCGGACGUCGACACCAGACUGAACAAGCUCGUCCCGGGUUGGGGAACGAGAUGACCAAAGUUCAAGUCGAUCGGGUAGUUGGUUCCAUAACAGAGGACCUGCUUUGGUAAAAGCUCGAAGUUAACCUACAUUCAAGAGACAUUUCGUUGAUUUCAUCUCAAUGCAGUCGAAUGCAGUGUUUGAAUGAUAAGGAUAGCGAUGUUGGAAAUAGCCCUGACAAUGUAU